AUGUCUCGCGUCAUAACCGUCGGGGCCGCCCAGCUGGGGGCAAUCCAGCUGGUCACACCGCGCGAGGUUGUCCUGACCCGCAUGCUGGCUCUGCUGGAUGCGGCCGCAGCUUCAGGCGUGCGGAUGCUGCUGUUUCCAGAGCUAGCACUCACAACCUUUUUUCCACGCCACAACUUGGCCGGCGAAGACACGGUAGACGCUUUUUUCGAGGCUGAGUCAGAUGCCGAGCCAGACGCGCUGCGCCGCAGUAACCCGCACACAAAGCCGCUCUUCGAUCGGGCGCACUCGCUCGGCAUCGACAUCGCGCUCGGCUACGCCGAAAAAUGGACGGCUGCCGACGGAAACGUCAUGCACUACAACACGCUGUGCUACUACUCAGCUCAGACUGACGCUGUCAUUGCCAAGUACCGCAAGGUUCAUCUGCCGGGCACGGCUGUGCCCACGGGUGGCGCCCAGGAGCAGCUAGAGAAGAUGUACUUUGCGCCGGGCGAUCUCGGCUUCCCGGCUUUUCGCGCGCCUGGACUGGUGGAUAAUGCACUGAAGGCCGACAAGGUCCAGAUAGAAAAUGCGGAAAAGAUAGAGGGCCUCGGCGACCCCAUCCUCGGUAUGCUGAUCUGCAACGACCGGCGCUGGCCUGAAGCCUGGCGCUCAUAUGGACUGCAGGGCGCCGAGCUCGUCCUCGAAGGCUACAACACAUGCGCUUACUACGCUAACCGGCCGACGAGCGUGACCGAGCAGGAAGCCCUUGCCGUUUUCCACCACCGGCUCUCCUGCCAGGCCGGUAGCUACCACAACGCUUGCUUCAGCAUCCACGCCGCCAAGGCCGGCAAUGAGGACGGUGGCCUGCUGAUCGCCAGUUCGCUCAUCGUUGCGCCUGGCGGCCAGAUUCUCGCCGAGUCUAAGACCAGCGACGACGAGCUUAUCACGGCCACCAUUGACCUUGCCGAAUGCCGUGCCCAGAAGGAAGGCGUCUUCGCCUUUGCGAAGCACCGCCGCACCGAGCACUACGGCCGCUUGAUCGAACAGACUGGAGUCGUCGAGCCACCACUUCUGUCGUGGCCGUUUGGAGCCUAG